AUGUUUUUAUCUGGUUCCGGUGCUGAAAAUGAUUCACAGCGCACUUCUUCCAACAACUCAUCACCUCGUUCUCUAACUUCUCCUCGAGGUUCCAACAGCGCAAACUCUUCCUUACAGCAGCAACAUCAUCCAAAUGGAUCUCAUGCAAAUUCACAAAAUUCUUCUGAAAAACUUGUUUAUUCCACAAAAUUAUCAUUGAUCAGUCCUUCAAUGACGUCUACGAACGGAACUAGUUUUCCAGGUUCCAAUGUUGGUUCAACUUCUUCCUCAUCAUUGAACGAUGAAUCGGAUCGUAUUUUGGAAUUUCGUGCAUCGAUUCAACAUUUGACAUUUACUGAAAUUUAUGAAAAAAUUGAACGACAACAUGAAGAACAAAAAGAAUUAUUGAAAUUAUAUUGUCCUCGAUUGUUCGACGAGUUGAAAAUUACCAAUGAAAAAUUAUUUUCCAUUUUGGUUUGGAUUUUCACACAAAUUCCACUUUCCCAAAAAUAUUCCAAAAGGUUAAAGAAAAAUUUCGAAAAAGUGUUCACUGCCAAAACCUUUGUCUCUCUCGUGACUUCACAACUACACAAAAUUUCAUUACCUUAUUUUCCAAAUAUUAUUGCCACUCCGAAAAGCAAUGCUGAUAUUUUAGACAAGUUGAAAAAUUUAUAUCGAAGUAUUAAUAAUACUUUGGGAGAUGUGAUGAACAUGAACAUCAAUAACAACAACAACAACCACAAUAAUCAUUAUGGCGCUCGAACCACGACUUCCAUUUUGGCACCUCAGGUGUCUCAUUCAUCAUUGACUUCUCCAAGACAACAAGCAUCAUCAUUACCAUCCACACACGACACCGUCGUUGAUAAUUUUUCAUUCAAAAACGAUUGGACCAAAGUUCAAGCUGAAUUAUUAGGUCAAUUCUUUUUAGAAAUUGGAGUGAUUGAAAAUAUCAAACCAGAAAAGAAGAAGAAAUUUACAGAGAGAUCUCAUCGUUACAUGUUUCAUUCAGAGACGAUAGAGUAUUAUGCUGACUUGUUGUUUGUGAGUGCCAUUACUAGUGCAGAACAGAGACAAGUGUUUGAACAUUGGAAAAUGUUCAUUCCACUCAAAACUCCAUUUUCACAAUUUGCACAUGAUUUUUAUUCUCCAUUUUUGAGUGGCAUUUCGACAGGUUCCAUGCAAUUAUUGACAGCAGGACAACUCGUUCAACAAUGUUGUCUUCGUUCGAUCAUUGUUUCACAAGAAAAAGAUUUUGAGCUCGUUCAAAACCAUAUUAAGAAACUUCAAGAAUCUGUGAAUCAUGACUUGUCACCAAUCCAUGAAAAUUCAUCGCCUCGUGAUGCUAACAUGUCUUCAUUAUCAACCAUUGGAACAACAUUGUCCACGAGUAGUGCGUAUCCAUUAGUGUUUCGAAAUGUGGAAUCUGCACAACAACAAUUACGAACCAAAGACAUGUCCAAGACAGAGACAAGUUCACCAUUCAUGGAUCGAAGAUCAUUUCGAAUGAGUGCAGCUUCUUCUGGAUUGAAAGCAGGUUGGGAAUCUCAAUCAUUGAUCGGAAAACGACUCAUUUUGGAAAGUGGCAUGGGAGAUUAUGAAAUGCAAUCUCCGCGCACAAAAUUUUAUGAACAACAUGGAAUUCGAGCCAAAGUUGAGAAUUUGCAACAAGCUCUUGUACUUCCUUCUGUAUUGGAAGAAUUUUCCAAAUUCUGUGUCACUAAUCAUAUUGAAGAAAUUGUGAAUUGUUGGAAAGCCAUUCAAUCCUACAUGAAAAUGGAAUCAGCCAAAGAUCGAAAAGACCAAGCGCUCUAUAUUCUGAAUCAAUUCAUUGACGACUCUUCACCCAAUGCAACUCCGAUCAAUCUCGACUCUGAAACUCGUGAACAAGUCCUUUCGAAAAUUCAGAGCAAUUUGGAAAAUUUUGCCUUCUUUACCAAAGAUUUAUUUUCCGCAAUGAAUGUCGAAUUAAUCUUGUUGAACGAUUUGAAAGAACCUUUCAUGAAUUUUAAUCAGAAACGAAAUCAAGAAAUUGAUUUGGAAAUUGAUGGCUUGCAAGAAAAACUUCGAAUUCGUGCCAUUCAGGAAGAAAAGUCAUCGAAGAGUUUCUUGUCACAAGUGGUGGGUGCACUCAAGAAGAAGCCAAGCACGAGUACGACGAUUCCUGCAUCGUCAAAUACUUCUUCUUCGUCUGGUUUCCUUAAUAGUCCCAAUUUGACAGAUUCCAUGGAAUUAAUGACAAAUUCAAACAAAUUGUCAGGAAUCAAUCGAUCACAACAACAAAUCAAUUCUCCAGUGUAUCCAGAGAUGGAGAAAUUACCAGUUCAUCUCUAUGGUUCAUUACCAGAUGUGCUUACCCAUAGAGAUGCUAUCAAACAAUUCAAAGUAUUCUGUACGUCAGAACAUUGUGAAGAAUAUGUGUUGUUUUAUGAGGCUGUUGAGGAAUUUAGAACAUUACCGACGCAACAAGAACGAAUUCAGAAAGCGAAGGAAAUAUUUGAAACAUUUAUUGAGAUACCCUGA